CCCGCAACACUUGUCCAGCCACCACCACUUGUUCUUUCCUUCGCCUCCUCUUCCUCCUCCCGUCGUCUCCUCUUCCUCCCCCUUUCCUCCCCCCGCGUUCCCCUCCGUCCCUCCGGAUCCGCAUGGCGCCUCCGCAAUCCGCGCCGCGCGGUCUCCCGUAGCCGCGGCUCCGCCCCGGCCCAGCUCCCGCCGCGCCGCUCGCUCCCGUCCCAGGUGCGUGUCGCGCGGAUCCGUGCUCCUUCCCUGCUGGAUGCGUGCCGGUGGCUUGUGGCGGAUUCGCGCUGCUGGAGCGGGGAUUGGGUUCGUGAGAGGUGGGAACAGGGGGCGUCUAGCUGGGAAGAGGUGCUUUAGCUUGCAUUUUAGCGGAAUUCGGGCGGGAUUUGGUGGAAAGGCCGCGGCUUUCGCUCUGAUUUGGGCUCAGGUAUAGCGGGAUUUGGGCGUGAAGAGGCGGUUCAUGUCGAAAUUUUUGCGGGUUAGCCUUAGCUGCAUCCGGAGAAAGCGACACAAUGUGCCGAGGCUCAUCGUUUGGUUCAUCUAGACUGUCAUUACUUGGCAUCUUGCUUGUACUAUUGUUGGAGGAAGUUUUGAUGUUUCAGCACAAUUGCAUUUGCUGUGAUUGACCUUUAGUAGAUGUCGUUCCGCAGCAUUGUGCGUGAUGUAAGGGAUGGUUUUGGGAGCUUGUCUCGAAGAGGGUUCGAGGUGAAGCUUCUCGGCCACCGCAGAGGGAAAUCUCAUGGUGCUGUCCACGAGUUGCGUGAUCCAGCCCCGGUGAUCCAGAGCAGUUGCUGGGCUAAUUUGCCCCCUGAAUUGCUUCGAGAUGUGAUUGAGAGGUUGGAGGCCAGUGAAGCAACAUGGCCUAAUAGGAAGAACGUGGUUUCUUGCGCGGCUGUUUGUCGAACCUGGAGAGAGAUGUGCAAAGAGAUUGUUAAGAAUCCAGAAUUUUCUGGAAAAAUCACUUUCCCUGUGUCCCUGAAGCAGCCUGGGCCUCGAGAUGCAACUCUCCAGUGCUUCAUCAAAAGGGAUAAAUCUACCCAAACAUACUACCUGUAUCUGUGUCUUAGCACAGCUGUGCUUGUUGAAAGUGGCAAGUUCCUCCUAUGCGCAAAACGAACCUCCCGUCCAACCUGUACAGAAUAUACAAUAUUUAUGAAUUCUGAAAAUAUAUCUAGGUCGAGCAAGAUGUACAUUGGAAAGCUGAGGUCAAAUCUCCUCGGCACAAAGUUUGCAAUAUAUGAUACCCAGCCUCCAUGCAAUGUAGCACAGCCAGGGAAAACAAGCCGUAGGUUCUACUCCAGGAAAGUGUCACCAAAAGUCUCUUCCAGCUCCUACAACAUAGCACAGGUUUCAUAUGAGCUGAAUGUCUUGGGAACUCGGGGCCCGAGGCGGAUGAACUGUGUUAUGCACUCCAUUCCUGCCUCAUCCCUUGAGGCUGGAGGCACUGUUCCAUGCCAGCCAGACAGUGUCCUCACCCGCUCCCUUGACGAGUCAUUUGGUAGCAUUUCCUUCUCCAAGUCAUCUGUUGUGGAUCAUUCCAUGCGUUUCGGCAGCACAAGAUUCUCUGAAGUCUCAAUGAGCAGCCACAGGAUUGGAGACAUGGCAUUGGGUGACAAUGAUGAAUGCAAGGAGAGGCCAUUGGUUCUCCGUAACAAGGCCCCAAGAUGGCACGAGCAAUUGCAGUGCUGGUGCCUCAAUUUUAGGGGCAGAGUGACUGUCGCAUCCGUCAAGAACUUCCAGCUUGUAGCCGCAACACAGCCUGCUGCUGGAGACCCAACCCCGUCGCAGGCUGUCCCAGCACCGCCACCGGAGCAUGAAAAGGUGAUCCUGCAAUUCGGGAAGGUGGCCAAGGAUAUGUUCACAAUGGACUUCCGUUAUCCGCUCUCAGCCUUCCAGGCCUUCGCAAUCUGCCUGAGCAGCUUUGACACCAAACUGGCCUGCGAAUAA